UUGCAGAGCAAUUUGGCUGACCUGAUUAGCAGGUUGACACGAGGAAUUGGAAUCACCAACGAAAAACUCGAUCUGAUUCUUCAGCGAAUUGAGGAGGUUGAGUCGCGUGUGGAUUCAGCUCGCCCCGGAGAGAUUGAGAGAGCUGUGAACGAGAUUGUCGACGAUCUUAAUGCUCUUGAGAUUCCUAUUGGAGGCUUCUUCGAGGAUGUAGAGGAACUAAAGGCCAACAAUCAUCCAGAAGCUAACGAUUUUUACCGACAAGUGUACGGUCUUCAUCAGCGUCGCACCGCGUAUCUGGAUCGUCUUACUAAUCAAUUACUUGUUCGUUUGGGUGUACGCACUGAAACAUUGAGAAAAGAAAAUGCCGCUCGACUUGAAUCUGUUCGUACGUCGACAUUCAGCAGAGUACAGGAAUGCAUUGAAUGGGUCCGCGUUCGACUGGAAAAACUCUCUGAAAUGGAGUUCCUGGAAGAUCUUGAAACAUUGGAAGAGAUGUUUGAGCAGCAUAAGCUAGACAACAGGGAUAUACAGGAUUUCCGCCAAAAUGUGGAUGAAUGCAUCGCACGUCAGGCAAACAAAAAACCCUAA